AUGACAUACUGGGCCAUUCUGGAGAAGGUCAAGGGCUCUCAGCUGCGCCUGACCAAGCAGGAUAACGAGAUCUACGAGUCAUUCAUGGAAGCGUUCCCCGACUUCGACCCUGCCGCGACCAUCAUCGAGGACGACAUGAAGAGCAAGGCGGGCAAGGAGAAGUGGCGCAACUGGAUGAACAAGUGGCAGAAGGUCGAGGAUUACAACUUCGGUACCAUCAUCCGCACCCGCGCGGAUGCCGAAUACGACCAGGACACCACUGUUUUCGGUGUGCGCAUGCAGUUCUACGCUAUUGAGAUCGCCAGAAACCGCGCCGGUCUGAACGAUUGGAUUUACGAAAAGGCUUCCAAGGCCAGCUCUUGA